UGGUGAACGCCUUUCUUAAUGCAGUGAGUUUGCAGCUGUGGUGACGGUCAGAGUUUCAGCAGCUGUGAAUAAAAACAUGUUGCUGGGUGAUGAUGGCUGGUUCAUCAUGAAGGUCCUGCUGCUGCUCGUGCUCCUCACAGUGUCAGGAUGUGAAAGAAUCAGAGUUGUUGGUCAAACAGGUCAGAAUGUGACUCUGAACUGUACAUAUGAUAUCAAAAAGGAAGGAGCGUCGCAUGCUUGCUGGAAUAAAGGAGAGAUACCAGCAACGGGAGGCUGCAACAAUAAGCUGAUCUCUACAGAUGGAUAUAAAGUUAUAAAGAAAACCAGAGUUUCCAGCAGGUAUCAGCUACUGGGACGACUGGAUGAAGGAGACGUUUCUCUGACGAUCCUGAACCUCACUGAGGAAGAUGCUGGACUUUAUGGAUGCAGAGUGGAGAUACCUGGGUGGUUCAAUGAUCUGAAACAUCAGUUUGAGUUGAAAGUUGAAAAAGCUCCAGACCUGUCAACGUCAGCGCCAUCAGGCACACUGACGCAAACACAGAGGACAGAUGCUUCUCAGACAACAGAUCUCAUGACCACAGACAACCUCCUGACUCCCUACACCAACAGCAGCAACACAGCUGAGCUUCAGCAGAAGGGCAACAUGCUGACGGUGGUUCUGGUGUGCGUUCUGUUCUUCUUGGUGGUUCUUGUCACUAUAAUCGGACUCUUCAUUAUGGCCAGAAGAUGGGGGCAGCUGAAACUGUGAGUGUCUUAAUGUUUCUUCAUCUGUUACAAUAAAUCCUCCAUGCAGUUUGUUACCUUGUUGGUUUGUUAAACUGCUGCUGAUUCAUGACUUGACUUAAUUACAGCUUUUUCCUCCGGGAAACUGAUGAUGAAUCUUUAAGAG